UACAAUGGCCCAACAAAGCCUCCUAAAUUCAGCCUCCUCCUCAAUCCUCUCUCUCUCUCUCUGUAACCUCCUAAAUUCGGCCUCUCUCUCUCCAAAUUACAGCCCACAUCGUCGCUGGCAAAAGAGUCCCUCUCCCCACCUUAUUUCCCCUCCAUUUCCUCCCCCCAAAGUCCACAGACCAUGACUACAAACAUGAAAUCAUGAAACUUUAGUUGUUACAGGGACCUCCUUUUGGGGGUGGUGCCAAGCCUGAAUCCCGUUUCCCCACCUCUCUCUCUCUCUUUCUCUCUCUCCAAUUCUCCAUAUCAGGGGACCUUCAGGUUGUGGUGUUCUUGCUCCGGACACUAAGGCUUCCGUGCUUUCAUUUUCGGAUUUUUAUUUGUGAUUAUUGGUUUCUCGACUUUAAUUAGUUGAGAAAAGGCUUUGACAAUGAUGAUCAUACCUGAUUAUUGAUUUAUAUAAAGAGUCAUUGGUGAAUUGUAGUUUCAUGACAGCUGCCAUGGGUGUCAUGAAAAAAGAAACUCGUUUCUCAAUUGAAUUGUUACACUCGGGUUCUGAUCUCCAGGAACCCGAAGUCGACUAUGAGAUUGGGUGGCCCUUCGGGAAGGUUGACCUGGGGCCAGAAGACCUCCGGGAGACGGCAUAUGAGAUACUUUUCGCGGCAUGUAGGCCGUUCCCUGGGUUUGGUGGCCGGAGCCCUCUAACUUACAUUCCUCAAUCAGAGAACACAGAUGCUGGAAUUGGUUCUAGGAUGGGCUUGGGCCUUGUCGCCACAAGCCGGAUAAAGAAAGCGCUCGGGCUGCGGACAAAGAGGACCUCUCCGAAGAGAGGGGGUGUACCAAACAGUCCCACGUCCACUGCGAGGCCGAGGCAGCAGCCGUUCACCAUUGCAGAGUUGAUGAGACAGCAGAUGAAGGUGUCUGAGCAGGGCCUGGCCAGGUUGAAGAAGGCCCUAGUGAGGAUACAAGUUGGCCAGACAAGGAGGCCAGAGGCUAUCUUCCUGCCCCUAGAGCUCCUCCGCCAGCUGAGGCCCUCCGAAUUCAACGACCUCCAGGAGUACCACCUGUGGCAGCGCCGCCAGCUGCGCAUCCUCGAGGCCGGCCUCAUCCUCCACCCGUCGGUCCCUCUUGACCGCUCCACCCCGGCAGCUCAACGUCUCCGCGACUUUGUGCGUUCUGCGGACUCCAAGCCCCUGGACACCUCCAAGUCCUCAGACUCCAUGCGUGUCCUCUGCAACUCUGCGGUCUCGCUGGCAUGGCGAAAUCCUUCCUCAGAUAGUUGUCAUUGGGCUGAUGGCUGCCCCCUGAAUCUCCACCUUUAUUUUUCCCUCCUCUUAUCGUGUUUCGACAUAAAGGAACCGACUCUGGUGCUCGAUGAGCUCGAUGAGAUAUUCGACCACAUGAAGAAGACAUGGGCGAUCCUGGCAAUCUCGCGCCCCGCUCAUAACCUCUUGUUUGCAUGGGCAUUGUUUCGACAGUUUGUCUGCACCGGGCAGAAUGAGCACAACCUCUUGUCUGCAGCGCUCACCGUGCUAUCUGACGUUGCUGCUGAUGCUCGCCGAGCUGUCAUAGCGGGGGAGGUGGCGUACCUGCGGGUGGCAGCAUCGGUGCUCGCCUGCAUGCAGAUAUGGGCUGAGCGCUGGCUCCUGGACUAUCACUUUAGCUUUGAGCGCAGUCCACCAGGGCUCAUGGAGAGCGUGCUCCCUCUUGCCCUCUCAGCUGCCAAGAUCCUGGAUGAGGAACUCCGUGAGAAGACACAAGGAGACUCUGCCGGUUUUCUAGUUGAUCGAUACGUUCGUGCCUCUGCUCGGGGUGCAUUCAACAGGGUUUUACAGGGCAAUGCUCUGAGCAACAUGGCAUGCAACGGGGAGAAGGGCGCGGCGGAGGCACUUAUAUUGUUGUCCAGGGAGACAGAGGCGGUUGCUCUUAGAGAGAAAGAGUGCUUUAGUCCAGUGUUGCGUCGGUGGCACCCAGCCUCGGCAGGGGUGGCGGCCGCCGCAUUGCAUGGAUGCUACAGGGCGGUGCUGAAGCAAUACUUGGGUGGAGUGGCCACUCUCACACCAGAGGCUGUGCAGGUGCUGCAGGCAGCUGGGCGGCUCGAGAAGGCGUUAGUGCAGAUGGCAGUGGAGGACUCGGCAGAGAUUGAGGAUGGCGGCAAGGCCAUCAUUCGCGAGAUGAUGCCCUACGAGGCAGAUUCUGUCAUCGAGGAUCUUAUGCGAAGCUGGGUUCGGGAGCACCUCUUUAAGCUCAGGGAGUGCUUAAACCGAGCUAGGGAAGGAGAGACAUGGAAUCCAAAGUCGAAGAAUGAACCUUAUGCACAGUCGGCUGCAGAGUUGAUGAAGCUUACAAAGGACACAGUGGAUGACUUCUUUGGAAUACCGGUGGUCUUCUUCGACGACCUUGCACAAGAUCUUGCCGACGGCAUCGAUUCUGUUCUGCAGGACUACACCUCAUUCUUAUCUGCCGGUGGCACUAAGCACAACUACAUUCCUGCUCUUCCCCCUCUCACCCGGUGCAACCAGGACUCUAAAUUCCACAAGCUAUGGCGAAAGGCCCUCCCCUGCCAUGCAGGCCACGACUACCGCUACCAUCGCCAGCACUCCUUUGCUGCCGAAAGUGUCAAUAGCAGCAAUAAUGGAAAUGGCAAUGGCAAUUGCGGCCUCCACCCUCGCCCUUCUACUAGCCGUGCCACCCAACGCCUCUACAUCCGCCUCAAUACCCUCCACUUCAUCCUCUCCCAACUACAAUCCCUAGACAAAGCCUUGUUCUCGGGAAGAAGAUCCAAGGCGCUCCCCCACCACCACCGCCACAACCGCCUUGCCUCCCCACACCUCGGUGCCACCCGUAACUCCAUUCAUGUGGCCACCCUCCAAGUCUCUGAGGCAGCCGCCUACAGGCUCAUCUUCCAUGACUCAAGCUCAGUGUUUCUGGAGGGCCUGUAUGUCCCAGAUGUAUCUAAUGCACGCAUUCGCCCAACUUUACGUGCUCUGAAGCAGAAUCUCAUGAUGCUGGGAGCCAUCAUUAUGGAGGCAGCACGUCCAGGGGCUGUGCGAGAGGUGAUGCGUGCCGCCUUUGAGGCAUUCCUGAUUGUGCUACUGGCAGGGGGACCCGGUAGGGCCUUUGCACGCUGUGACUUUGAGAUGGUCGAGGAGGACUUCAGGGCCUUGAAGUCACUGUUCUCUAGCGGUCCUGACGGUUUGGCAGAGGAAGUAGUGGAGAAGGAGGCAGACACAGUUCAAGCGGUGUUACCUCUGCUAGGCCAGGGCUCUGAUCAGUUAAUUGAGGACUUUGGGGUGGUGGCAUGCGAGGCCAGUGGGUUGGGGCUGGCUGCGGGGCAGAAGCUCCCGAUGCCUCCAACAACCGGACGUUGGAACCGGGCUGACCCAAACACAAUACUCAGAGUUCUAUGUUAUAGGGACGAUGUGGCAGCUGAUCGAUUCUUGAAGAGGAGCUUCCAGUUGCCAAAGAGGAGAUGAGGAGGGAUGGGUCCUUGGUAGUUUCAUCAUUUGUCAGGGGAGAGAGGUUUAGGAGGUGGUUCUACUAGUGGUGCAAUUGUGUUAGAGGAUCUGCAUAUUAUGGCGCAUAUCUCAUCGAAGCAUUAUGGUUAUAGGGUUGUCACCGUACAUCAAUGUGAUGGACGAUUAUGGUCCAAAAGAAGCCUGUCCAUUUCGCAUUAGUGAAAAAUAAGAUGAGAACUACACUCCAACCAUCACCAUUUGAACUAAUGAUGCUAUGGUAAUAGCCUCCUAUGGCCAUUCUAUUUCGCAUGUGACAUAGUCAUGGUAUUUUUACCUACUUAAGAUGUUGAUUUUGACUCCCCUGUCUUGGAUUGUGCUCUGUAACUUUCAGGGAAGAUGGUAUAUUUUUUUUCAAGGGUUUCAAUUUGUUGAACUAACAAAUUCAUGUCUUAAUCUUUUAGAAAU